AUGAAUAUAGAUUCAGAAUCAAUACCAGGCUAUCACAUCAUCAAGGAAGACGAGAGUGACUACACGUCAGAUCAACUAUCAAUCCACGAGAUUCCUCGUGCUGCCCGUCUGGUCCGUGAAUAUGUGCAUCCUAAGCAGAUCAAAUUCAACUCCAUCACUCUCAGAGAACCAAAGAAGCAAGAAUACAAGGCCUGGCAAAAUGGCAAAGGCCCUAAACCACCCCGCCGGGCCUUUGUCACCAUCUUGGAACUUCCUACAGCCAAGACAAGCGAGGUCCUCGUAAAUCUCAACACCAGUCAGGUGGAGGAGAUCAAAGCGAUCAACGAUGUCAUGCCGACGCUGACUCUUGAGGACCUGGAUAUCUGUGAGCGUGUUUGCCGUGCAGAUGCUGGUGUUAUCGAGGCCUGCCGCGAGAUCGGUAUCACCGACAUGUCCAAGGUUUUCAUUGAUGCUUGGGCAAUCGGUAUUGACGAGCGAUGGGGUUUCGAGACCCGUCUGCAACAAGGUUUGGCCUACUACCGUGAUUCGGAGUUUGACAAUCAGUACGCAAAACCCCUCGACUUUUCGGUGGUCGUUGACACGGAACGAGAAAAAGUCUUGAGUGUGGACAUCCGUCGCGUCAAUGGACAGCGGGUUCCUAUGCCCACUGAAAGCCACAACUACCUGCCCGAGUUCAUCAGUGAUCACUAUAAUCACGACCUCCUCAAACCCAUUGAAAUAACCCAGCCCAAAGGCGUGUCCUUUUCAAUGCGGGGCAAUGAGAUUUCUUGGGCAGGAUUCAGCAUGCACAUUGGCUUUAACUUUCGUGAGGGCAUUGUUCUCUCGGAUGUCAGAGUCUUUGAUCAAAUCCAGAAUCGGGAACGAAAAUUGUUCAACAGAAUCUCCGUGGUUGAGAUGGUUGUCCCGUACGGCUGCCCUGAUGGCCCACACCACAAGAAGCACGCUUUUGACGUCGGCGAGUAUGGUACCGGUCUCAUGACCAACCCUCUCACACUUGGUUGUGACUGCAAAGGCGCAAUCCAUUACUUGGACGCUAUAGUCAGUACCGGCAAGGGUGAGGCUGCAGUCAUCAAGAACGCCAUCUGUAUCCACGAAGAAGACAACGGCUUAUUAUUCAAGCACACCGACUACCGAGACGGAAAAGUCGUCUCAGCUCGUGACCGCAAGCUCAUCAUUUCUCAAAUCAUCACCGCUGCUAACUACGAGUAUUGUUUCUACCACAUUUUCUCUCUCGAUGGCACCUACAAACUCGAAAUGAAGCUGACGGGAAUGCUGAAUACCUACGUUCUACAUGACAGCGAGACUGCCGCACCAUAUGGCACUGAAGUCGCUAAGCGCGUGACGGCCCACAAUCACCAACACAUAUUCUCUUUAAGAAUUGAUCCAGAAAUCGACGGGUCCAACAACACUGUGGUGCAAUCGGACGCUGUGGCCUCUGAAGAACCGGUCGGUAGUGCUGGCAACAAGUACGGUAACGGAUUCUAUUCCAAGAAGACCCCACUGAAGACGAGCGCACAAGCUGGCGUAAAUUACUGCCACGAAACCUCGCGAACCUGGGACAUCAUCAACCCGAACGUGCAGCACCCCUCCGCAAAGAAACCCGUGGGCUACAAGAUAGUAUCUCGUGAAUCACCUCCUCUCCUCGCCAAGCCGGGCUCCGUGGUCUACAAGCGGGCGGGCUUCGCACGCAAAACGCUCUGGGUCACGCCGUACAAGGACUACGAACUGUUCCCGGCGGGCGACUACGUGUGCCAAUCGACGGGCGAGGACGGACACCCACAGAACGGGACGAUGGUGGACUGGGCGGCGCGCGAUGAAAACAUCGAAAACACCGACCUCGUCUGCUACCUGCAGUUCGGCCUGACGCACUUCCCGCGCGCCGAGGACUUCCCCAUCAUGCCCGGCGAGGCCAUCAGCAUCAUGCUGCGCGCCUCCAACUUCUUCGACCGCAAUCCCGCCCUCUGGGUCCCUCCCUCCGAGCUCAAGGGCAAUUCCUGCGACACCUCGUCGCGCUACGCCGUGUUCCCCAAGGUCGCCAAGGCCAUUGAUGAUGCGAAGUGCUGUGGUGGCGCUGGAGCGUCGUCGAAAUUGUAG